GCGGGGACAAUGCGCGCCGCCCGUGCGCUCCGCCCGCCGCGUCCGGCCGCCCGCAGCCGCCGCGCCCGCACCUGACCAUGGAGUGCGCCCUCCUGCUCGCGUGCGCCCUCCCCGCCGCCGGCUCCGGCCCGCCGUGGGGUCCGGCGGGACUGGGGCGCGUGGCCAAGGCGCUCCAGCUGUGCUGCCUCUGCUGUGCGUCGGUCGCCGCAGCCUUAGCCAGUGACAGCAGCAGCGGCGGCAGCGGAUUAAACGAUGAUUACGUCUUUGUCACGCCAGUAGAAGUGGACUCGGGCGGGUCGUAUAUUUCACACGACAUUUUGCACAACGGCAGGAAAAAGCGGUCGGCGCAGAGUGCCAGCAGCUCCCUGCAUUACCGAUUUUCAGCAUUUGGACAGGAACUACAUUUAGAACUUAAGCCCUCGGCGAUUUUGAGCAGUCACUUUAUUGUCCAGGUACUCGGAAAAGAUGGUGCUUCAGAGACUCGGGAACCCGAGGUGCAGCGAUGUUUCUAUCAGGGAUUUAUCAGAAAUGACAGCUCCUCCUCCGUCGCUGUGUCUACGUGUGCCGGCUUGUCAGGUCUAAUAAGGACACGAAAAAAUGAAUUCCUCAUCUCGCCGUUACCUCAGCUCUUGGCCCAGGAACACAACUACAGCUCACCUGCAGGCCACCAUCCUCACGUACUGUACAAAAGGACAGCCGAGGAGAAGGUCCAGCGUUGCCAUGGCUACCCGGGGUCCAGCCAGAAUUAUCUUGGUCACCCCCCAAGUCACUCUCCCCACACAUCUCAGAGUCAAGAAACAGAGCAUCACCAUCGAAGGUUGCAAAAGCAGCAUUUUUGUGGACGACGCAAGAAAUAUGCCCCCAAGCCUCCCCCAGAGGACACCUAUCUCAGGUUUGAUGAAUACGGGGGCGCAGGGCGGCCCAGAAGAUCAGCUGGAAAAUCACAAAAGGGCCUAAACGUGGAAACCCUUGUGGUAGCAGACAAGAAAAUGGUGGAAAAGCACAGCAAGGCAAAUGUCACCACGUACAUUCUUACAGUCAUGAACAUGGUUUCCAGCUUAUUUAAAGAUGGGACCAUUGGAAGUGAUAUAAACGUUGUUGUGGUGAGCCUCAUUCUUCUGGAACAAGAACCAGGAGGAUUAUUGAUCAACCAUCAUGCAGACCAGUCUCUGAAUAGUUUUUGUCAGUGGCAGUCUGCCCUCAUUGGAAAGAAUGGCAAGAGGCACGACCACGCCAUCUUACUCACGGGAUUUGAUAUUUGUUCCUGGAAGAAUGAACCAUGUGACACUCUAGGGUUUGCCCCGAUCAGUGGAAUGUGCAGUAAGUACCGAAGUUGUACCAUCAAUGAGGACACGGGGCUUGGCCUGGCCUUCACCAUAGCUCAUGAGUCAGGGCACAAUUUUGGCAUGAUUCACGAUGGAGAAGGCAACCCCUGCAGGAAGGCUGAGGGCAAUAUCAUGUCUCCCACGCUGACGGGAAACAAUGGGGUGUUUUCGUGGUCUUCGUGUAGCCGGCAAUAUCUCAAGAAAUUCCUUAGUACACCUCAGGCUGGGUGUCUGGUGGAUGAGCCCAAGCAAACAGGACAGUAUAAAUAUCCGGACAAACUCCCAGGACAGAUUUAUGAUGCUGACACACAGUGCAAGUGGCAAUUUGGAGCAAAAGCCAAGUUAUGCAGCCUCGGUUUUGCGAAGGACAUUUGCAAAUCACUUUGGUGCCACCGAGUGGGCCACAGAUGUGAGACCAAGUUUAUGCCUGCGGCGGAAGGGACCGUUUGUGGCUUGAGUAUGUGGUGUCGGCAAGGCCAGUGUGUAAAGUUUGGGGAGCACGGGCCCCGGCCCGUCCACGGCCAGUGGUCUGCCUGGUCAAAGUGGUCAGAAUGUUCCCGAACUUGCGGUGGAGGAGUCACGUAUCAAGAAAGACACUGCAAUAACCCCAAGCCUCAGUAUGGUGGCAAGUUCUGUCCAGGUUCUAGCCGUAUUUAUCAGCUGUGCAACAUUAACCCCUGUGAUGAAAAUAGCUUGGAUUUUCGAGCCCAGCAGUGUGCAGAAUAUAACAGCAAACCUUUCCGUGGAUGGUUCUACCAGUGGAAACCCUAUACGAAAGUGGAAGAGGAAGAUCGAUGUAAACUGUACUGCAAGGCUGAGAACUUUGAAUUUUUUUUUGCAAUGUCCGGCAAAGUGAAAGAUGGGACCCCUUGCUCCCCACACAAAAAUGAUGUCUGUAUCGAUGGGAUUUGUGAACCAGUGGGAUGCGAUCUUGAACUUGGCUCUAAAGCGGUCUUGGAUGCCUGCGGUGUCUGCAAAGGUGAUAAUUCGACUUGCAAGUUUUAUAAAGGCCUGUACCUCAACCAGCACAAAGCAAAUGAGUAUUAUCCAGUCGUCAUCAUUCCAGCAGGGGCCCGAAGCAUUGAAAUCCAGGAACUACAGAUAUCCUCCAGUUACCUCGCAGUCCGAAGCCUCAAUCAGAAGUAUUACCUCACAGGGGGCUGGAGCAUCAACUGGCCUGGGGAGUUCACCUUUGCUGGGACCGUGUUUGAAUACCAGCGGGGCUUCAACCACCCAGAACAUCUUUAUGCACCAGGACCCACAAAUGAGACGCUGGUCUUUGAAAUUCUGAUGCAAGGCAAAAAUCCGGGGAUAGCUUGGAAGUAUGCACUUCCCAAGGUCAUGAAUGGAACUCAGCCAGCCUCAAAAAGGCACAUCCACGCCUGGAGUACAGUGCAGUCCGAUUGCUCCGUCUCCUGUGGUGGAGGUUACAUAAGUGUAAAGGCCAUUUGCUUACGAGAUCAGAAUACUCAAGUCAAUUCCUCGUUCUGCAAUGCAAGAUCCAAGCCAGCAACUGAACCCAAAACAUGCAAUGCUUUCUCCUGCCCUGCCUAUUGGAAGCCGGGCGAAUGGAGUGAGUGCAGUAGGUCGUGUGCGGGGGGCCAGCAGAGCCGGAAGAUCCAAUGUGUCCAGAAGAAGCCCUUCCAAAAGGAGGAAGCAGUGUUACAUUCUCUCUGCCCAGUGAGCACACCCACUCAGGUUCAAGUCUGCAACAAUGAUGCCUGCCCUCCAGAGUGGAGCCUCGGGCCCUGGUCUCAGUGUUCCAAGACCUGUGGGCGAGGGGUGAGGAAACGAGAAAUCCUGUGCAAAAGUUCUGCCACAGCAGAGGUCCUCCCCGAGAGCCUGUGCUCCAGCAUCCCGAGACCAGAGUCACAGGAGGGCUGUGUCCUAGGACGAUGCCCCAAAAACAACCGGCUGCAGUGGAUCGUCUCUUCAUGGAGUGAGUGUUCCGUGACCUGUGGUUUGGGUGUGAGGAAGAGGGAAAUGAAAUGCAGCGAGAAGGCCUUCCAGGGAAAGCUGAUAACUUUCCCAGAGCGAAGAUGUCGCAAUAUUAAGAAACCAAACCUGGACUUGGAAGAAACCUGCAACCGAGGGGCUUGUCUGGCUCGUCCAGUGUACAAUAUGGCAGCUGGAUGGUAUUCAUCGCCAUGGCAACAGUGCACGGUGACCUGUGGAGGAGGGGUCCAGACCCGGUCAGUCCACUGUGUUCAGCAGGGCCGGCCUUCCUCAAGUUGUCUGCUCCGUCAGAAACCUCCAGUGCUCCGAGCCUGUAAUACCAACUUUUGUCCAGCUCCUGAAAAGAGAGAGGAUCCAUCCUGUGUAGAUUUCUUCAGCUGGUGUCAUCUAGUUCCUCAGCAUGGUGUCUGCAACCACAAGUUUUAUGGUAAACAGUGCUGCAAGUCAUGCACAAGGAAGAGCUGAUCUUGAUGGCCUCUCCAACACAGUAGGGCCAGGGUCUUACCUUUCAACCUCUGGAGAGACCAGCCACCUUUCAGAUCGAAAGCUGAACACUGCAAACCACUUGUGAGCUGCAGUAUUUGAGGAGCUGGCUCUGAAGAACAGACUGCCUCUUUCUUCACUUCCCCAAAGCACAUGGUACUCAGAAGCACUUGAAAAUGGGAAGCGAUGACAAAUCUGACUUACAAAAAAACAGAAACAAAACAACUUUGAUUUGCACUGUUACAUGCAAGAAAUGAUGAAUCACGCCGACAUACAGCAAAUUUAUAAUUUUGACAAAGUGAGAAUCUUGUCAACUUUCGGACAUCAACUUUGGGACAGAUUCCCCUUUGAACGUCAGAGGGUUCCAUGACAAAGACAUCUGUUUUGAAAAGGUCGUUUAAGACUGCAGGUCAAAGACUGAGACUUGAAGCAAUCAACUAUGGAUGGAACGCCUUGCCUAACAGUUACUUGGAGCUCACAGUUUGACUGAACUGUGGACACGUUAAACCAGGAGUCACGCAAGAAGCCAAAUGGAGCUCGUGGU